CGCUUCGCCACCGCCGGCGAGAGCUAGGGUUUCGUGCGCCACCGUCACUUCCGCCCGCCAUGGCCGAGACCUCCACGUAUCAGAUUCUGGUGCGUCUCCUCGACGGGCGUACCAGAUGUCUCCGCUUCUCCACGCCCACCGUUUCCGGCGCCGUGCUCCUCGACGCCGUCGCGUCGAUCUCUCGCGUUCCCGCCGCCGCUCUCCGCCUCGUCACCGGCGGCAUCGACGUAUCGCCCUCUUCCGUCCUCGCCUCAGCAGCUGAUGGCCAGUUCCCCUAUGCGUCAGCGCUCCUCCGCCUUCGAGGAGGCAAGGGUGGAUUCGGCUCCCUCCUCAGAGGGGCUGCCUCCAAAGCGGGUCAGAAGAAGACCAGCAACUUUGACGCCUGCCGCGACAUCAACGGCCGCCGCCUCCGCCACGUCAACGCUGAGCGCCGCCUCGAGGAAUGGAAGGCCGAAGCCGCCGACCGCCAGCUAGAAAAGCUCGCCGAGAACUUCAUCAAGAAGAAGGCCAAGGAAGCGGGCCGCGGUGGCGGACCCUCAACCGCUGAGGUGGACAAAUAUCUAGAGAAGUACCGCAAGGAUGCUGAGAUCUGCGUCAACGUGGUUGAGGAAUCCGUGCGUGCAUCACUUGGAAAGAGGAAGACCGCACCUAAGCUGCCCUCUGGCGCAGACGCUAAGAAGCUUAAGUUUUGGUUAGGAAAGAACAAAGUAGAAGAAGAUGAAAGUGAUAGUGACACUGAUGUGGAUGAUGAGGACAUUGAAGAUCUUAAGAGCGCAGAUGCAAAAUCUGUAGUAGUUGAUGAAGGCAAUUACUCAAAUGGAUGCAGAAAAAAUGAGGAGAAGCUUGAUCUUGGUUCUGUUUCUGGGUCAUCACAUUCAGAAGGAGAGUCUUCAGGAGAAAAGUCCCAACUGACAACAAGUUCAGGAGCUGAAGGUGGUGACUUUGAAUCUGGUGAUAGUGCAGAGCUUGAGGUAGGAAUGUUGGAUCAUCCCAUUUCUGUUGCUGCUGCUUCAGAAGAAGUGACAGCAGAUGAGGAUAACACUGCUUUAGCUACUUCAAACCAAAAUAAUCCAGAGGUACCACAAGUUGAAGAAGUGCGGAAAGCAGACAAGGAUAACACUGCUUCAGCUACUUCAAACCAAAACAAUCAAGAGGUGCCACAAGUAGAACAACAUGUUGGCAUCAGCAACUCUUAUUCAGAGCCGUUGGACCUUGCAAAGUACAGUUCAUCUGCAGAAUUGGAGGUGCUUGGUCUGGAGAAGCUAAAAAUAGAGCUGCAAUCUCGCGGAUUAAAAUGUGGUGGAACUUUACAGGAGCGUGCUGCCCGACUCUUCCUUCUGAAGACAACUCCAUUGGACAAGUUACCAAAGAAGCUGCUUGCAAAGACUAAUGGGCGGAAGUGAGAAGUUGUACCAAUAUAUAUAAAGAAGUACCAAUGAUGCAACGUUUAAGAUUUUCUUUGUCAAUAUAUGGAAAUCUGUUGUGGUGUAAUCAUGUGUUAUAAGCUCUUGGCUUGGUUUGACAAUUAAUGAGAUGUCUGUACGUGCUAUAUGUUAACCGUUACUUGGAAGGCGCUCAGUUUGGGCUAGCGUUUGAAUUCGUUUUAGUUUUUGAUGUUUUAGUGUAUGUUUGGAACAGCUUCACCAACCAAAAAAAAGUAGUAAGAUUUAUCUGGAUC